AUGCAUGUGUACUGCAACAUCAACAGUUGCCCGUACGUGGGUCAGUACGGAAACGGACUGAUGGAAUCCAGCAAACUGUUUUUGGGGCGAAAUGCGCGGACCCGCUCACUGGGAGUUGUCGCCGGAGAGAAUAUCGAGGCUGGAGAGGUACUUGGAGAGUACCUGGGCGAGCUGGAGCACGUGAGCAUGGACCCUUCGAAGCGUCCUCGCAACACGGGGUAUCGUCUCGUCAUGCAGCAUCGGCCAGAGCGACCCACGCAGCCCAUUCGAGUUGCUAUCAAUGCUGAGCGCUUUAGAGGGUUGAUGCGGUUCGUAAACCACUCGUGUCGCCCGUGUGCUCGUUUUGGGGAGGUAUCUAAUCGACGACGAACCACGGUGGUAGUCGUUACGACAAAGACAGUGCGCAAGGGCGAGGAAAUCUGUGUGGACUACGGGAGCGACCUGUGGUUCGUGUGCCGCUGUGGACUUGAUGAUUGUUGCCACCGUGACAUACAAGACCAGCGCGACCCAUAG